CCGCGGGGACGGCACAACUCGCGGGGUUUGGCGGCGGCGCCAUUUUGAAUUGGCUGAGGGUCGGAGGCGGCGGAUACCGAGCAGGGUUCCGCGUCCCCCGAGGGAGAACCCGCGAGGAAGGAGCGGAUAUGGCCGCGAAUAGGAACUUGAAGCAAGUGCGGAUCGAAAACAGCUCGCCAGCGGUGCCGCUGGGCAUGGUGGGGGGCGGCGGCGGCGGCAACCUGAAAGGAUUGCGCGGCCUAGAAGGGGAGAGUGAGGCGGCGGCGGCCAUGGCUCUGGUGCCGAGCAAAGAAGGUGGCGGAGAUGAGGAGCAGGAGGUUGGGUUCACCAUCGAUAUCAAGAGCUUUCUCAAACCUGGCGAGAAGAGCUACACGCAGCGUUGCCGGCUGUUCGUGGGGAAUCUGCCUACUGAUAUCACCGAGGAGGAUUUCAAGCGCCUUUUCGAGCGCUACGGGGAGCCCAGCGAGGUCUUCAUCAAUCGGGACCGUGGCUUCGGCUUCAUCCGCCUGGAAUCCAGGACCCUGGCUGAAAUAGCAAAGGCAGAACUUGAUGGUACUAUUUUGAAGAGCAGACCACUUCGAAUUCGAUUUGCUACACAUGGAGCUGCCUUAACUGUAAAGAAUCUGUCACCUGUGGUUUCCAAUGAGCUGCUGGAACAAGCAUUCUCGCAAUUUGGGCCCGUGGAAAGAGCGGUUGUUGUAGUUGAUGACCGCGGCAGAGCUACAGGGAAAGGUUUUGUAGAGUUUGCAGCAAAACCUCCAGCACGGAAAGCUCUAGAAAGGUGCAGUGAUGGGGCGUUCUUGCUUACAACAACACCUCGACCUGUUGUUGUGGAACCAAUGGAGCAAUUUGACGAUGAAGAUGGACUCCCUGAGAAACUAAUGCAAAAAACACAACAGUACCACAAGGAAAGAGAACAGCCUCCACGCUUUGCUCAGCCUGGCACAUUUGAGUUUGAGUAUGCUUCACGGUGGAAAGCUCUUGAUGAGAUGGAAAAGCAGCAGCGUGAACAGGUUGAUAGGAACAUUAGAGAAGCCAAAGAGAAACUUGAGGCAGAAAUGGAAGCAGCUAGACACGAGCAUCAGCUAAUGCUGAUGAGGCAAGAUCUCAUGCGUCGUCAGGAAGAAUUGAGGCGCUUGGAAGAACUUCGAAACCAAGAACUUCAAAAACGCAAGCAGAUACAAUUGAGACAUGAAGAAGAACACAGACGUCGUGAAGAAGAGAUGCUACGCCAGAGGGAACAGGAGGAAUUACGACGACAGCAGGAGGGAGGAUUUAAACCAAAUUUCAUGGACAAUCUACUGGAGUUAAGUUUGACUUGGAAUUUGUACACAUAUUUACCCAGACUAAGAAGAAACUAACUUUCAGUUUCAGUUGUCUGCUUGGUACCUAUUUUGGACUCACUCACCUCUCUAAAUCCUGAGAUCUUGCUUGGUGGCACUGAGACUUGCAACCAAAAUAAGUUCCUCUGCUUAGAACAGUUUGUCUUUGUUCAAGGGAUCUGUGUUUAAGGAAAGAAUAAAACAACCAAGAAGCAAUAAGUGAGAUUUCUCUAGAAAUAGUAUUUUUUCAUGUGAGGAAGCCUGUUUAGUGUCCUGUUUCUGUCUCUCAAACCAGUGCUUUCCAAGUAGUUUUUCCUCUUAAAUGUGACCUUUUGAUUAGCCUCUAGCAUUUGCCUUCAGUAGCUCUCACAGAGCAGAAAAUGGUAAUAGUGAUAAUGCAGUAAACUGAUAGAAAUAAAUGUAAAAUAACAUAGUGCUGUUGCCUGUCUGUUGAUACCAAGAUGCUAUUUUUUAAAUUAAAAUAUUUAUUAUUUUUCUUGUGAAUAUUCCACAAACCUCCUUGUCAAAGUAGUUUUUCCUUAUUACUGGAGGUUGUGCUUGUUUUCAAUUAUUAAAUCUUCCAUGAGGAAAACGGGCUUUAAAUCUAUUACUUCUGUCUUCCAUCAAGUACACUUUAAUUGAGCAAAGAUUGGGUAUUACUUUCCAAAUGAAUUACCACUUUUGAUAAAGUGUAUAUUUUGGUAAGAAGAUGAGUUUUGGUAGAGCUGUUUUGUAACUGUUCAGAUGCGGAGUUCAGUAGAAACUUAAACCUAAAGAGUCAGGUAUAUCUGUGAUUUUCUAUUCAAAGAUGUUUCUGCCUGAACAUAAUCUUAAAAUCAUAGCGUGGUUUGGUUUGGAAGGUGUCAUUAAAGGUCAUCUAGUUCAUUGCCUCCUGCAAUGAGCAGGGGCAUCUUAAGGGCUACUUUAACUUGUUCAGAGCCCCAUCCAGUCCUUAAUGUUUCCAGGGAUGGGGUAUCCACCACCUGUCUGGGCAACUUGCUCCAGUAUUUGCCAUCAUUGUAAAACUUUCUUCCUUCACCUAAUUGGAAUACUCACUAUUAGUUUAAAACUAUCACCCUGUGUCCUGUCACAGGCCCUGCUGAAACAUUUGUCACUGUUAUGAUUUCCUGCAGUGGCUAAUGGAAGAGUGUUUGUAUUAGUUUUGUUCUGUACAUGACAUGAAGCUCUUACUACAGGUCCCAAAUGCAGUUUGGGUUAGCUGCUUUUGACAGGAUAGCUAGUAGUUGUCUCUUCUAAGAAAAAGACAAUAUAAUGUUGAAAUUAGAUUCUUCAGGCUUUAUCUUCCUACAUGCUUCUGGGUUUUAUAAUACUUUUGAAAUGUUAUUUACUUAGAAUCUUCCUGUUUGUUUCCACCACCAUUUCUGAAUGAUUAAACAUUUGUUUUAACUAUAGGGGAGCUUCUGAGUUUAGAUAAGAACCAGCUAUUCAUGUUUGUCCUUAUUGAUUGGGUGGUCCCCAUUGAGUCUCUGUCAUAAUUCUGACCUUUGGGUCUAUUGUAUGUAAAUAAAAUAGUAAGUUUUGUUGGAUGGUUUUGAUGAAACCAGACAGUGUAGCUUAAGUGUGUGUGGACUUGGAUUAGGGUAUUUAUCUAGAAAGCAACGUUUCUCAGUCUGUUUGGAUUUAUUCAGAUGACCAUUUUUUUACAUUUUUGAUGGAAAUACUUGAAUUUUCUGAUAGAAUGUAUUUUCAUCAGUCAGUACUUUGUUCAAAUGACAAGCAUCUUCCUCAUUCAAGUCUGCCUCAUGUUGCCCCAGGAAAUGGCCUACAAGUUGCAUAAAAGAGCUGCGGAGCUUGGCUUCCUGCAAAAAGUUUCACUGCUGUUUCUCUGUUUAUAUUUUCUUAUGUUUUAGUGUGCUGUAUGUGUGGACGGGCCAUAAGUUAAUUGGAGGAAUCUUAAACAUUGAACUAUUCUGGUUGUAAGCAACAUCCAUAACAUCUAUAAAAGACACUCUAUGGGUGCUAGAAGUUUCUCCUACAGGACCACUUUGUAGGAUUGAAAGACUUUGGAUUUCAGCUUCCUUUUAACAAAUACUUGCACAGUCUAUUUACUUUGCAACUCAAAUUAAUUAUGAGUUAACAACUACAGUUGGACUGGCUUUUACGUUAUAAUUUAUUUGGCAUAUAUAAUAUCUACUUGGUGAGGAAAAAUUUAUAAUAGAGAAGUCUGGCAAAGGGUCAUAUUUAGUGCACUGUGGCUAUAACUAGUGGUGCUUUUAAGGUGAUUUUGCAGUCUUAUAGUUGACACUUCUAAGAAGUAGAUUUUCACUUAAACAUAAAGGGUAUUCUUGGCUGAUUAAUUUCUCUUCUAAGUAAACUGAUGACUUUCACUACAUCUUAUCAUUGAAUCUUGCCUUUGGGGAAAACUCUUUUUUUACUCCAUCCAGUGUUCACUCUUAAAUAUUUGUAUAGAUUUGGGGUUUGUACAGGGAAAACGUAACAAUUUGGGAAAUCUAAAAUGCAGCAUUGUUCUAUAACACCUGAUUUUCAGUUAAGUAUUUUAGUGCAUUUCUGUAUGAGGGUAGAGUUAGUCCAAUUUUUGUUACCAGUUAAGCAGCCCUCCAAAUCCACCCCCACCAUGGUAAAUAGUGGAGUGCAUCUUAAAUAAUUUGCAGCCUGACAGGUUGUUGUUUUGAUACUUAUCCACUCUUUUGACAUUUCUUCAGCUCAUAUAAAACCAGUAUAAUUCUAAGAUGAAAUUCUCUAAUGUGCCUCCAAAGAUGUGAAUAUAUUGUGAAUGUAGUGUAAUUGUUACAUGUCUCAGUUGUGAACUUGGUGAUGUGCUGUAUAUUUCUUCUAAAAAGUACUUCAGUGGGUAAGUAAACAGUAAAGUGCCUUUGAAAAAAUAUUUGUAUUAUGUUCAGCUGUUGAUUUGUAUUUAAUUCAUAUUUUUAGUUUUUUCAACUGUUACUGAAAAAAGGAAGCUAACAGAAAUGGGAAAAUUUUUUUUAUAUUUUGGUUCCAUGAAUCUAAGGUGGCUCCUAAAUACAGCAGAUCCAGAUUAAUUGGCAGAAUUGAAAAAGUUGCAAUUAAAGGAAUUGAUAUAAUGGGAUCUCAUUUUUCAAAGGAUUUCCAAAUCCUUUGGAAGGUGUGAUUAUCUUCUCUAAGCACCUUUGUCUUGUGAAAAUUAUUUCUGAAUUUUAGCUAAAAAUAUUUGAGAAAGCAGAGUUUUACCUCGCUUGUGAGUCUUAGUUGUUAAAUCAAGGGGAAAAUUUGCCAGAAUACCUCUUUGCUUGUUUUCUCUCAAAUCAUCAAAAAUAAUGGCGUUUGGAAAACUAUCCUUCUUUGCAGUUCAUAUACAGUGAAGGGAUAUGGUAGGAUUUUUCUUUACCUGAACAGAUGAUGUAAUGGUGAUUGGAGGCAUGGAAUUAAAAUAUUUUGAUUUUGUUCUUAGCUGCUGUAUAUACAUGUAGGUUGUUUAGAGCCUGAUUUUGCUUUCUGUGUACCUUUUUUUUGGAUGAUGAAUAACGUUUAUCUCAGGUUAUGAGAAAAUGAAAUAAAUAAUAAAUUUUUUGUCAGUUUUAUAGAUAUUUUAUAUACAAUGUUUUACUGUAUUUUAACAAAUGGAAAUAAGAGAGGUGGGAGAAAAGCUCACAAAUUAUAUUAAUGCAGUGGCUUAAAUGCAAUAUUAAAAUUCAGUGAAGGAGCAAGUAACUACAAGACAAAAUAAUGAAGCAGAAAAUACAUAAACUGCAAUAUGGAACCAAGUUCUAUAAUCAACACAAUAGGUUCCAUGGUAUAUCUUAGCUUCUUUUAGACUAUUUUCUUUCUUGUUAACAAGUUAGAUUGUAAUUUGAAUUUUGAGCUGUAAUACAUUCUGAAAGUAUGAGUUCUUAUGUAAAACAAAGCUGUUACUUUGGUGUGUAUUAAAUAGUAUUGUCUUUAACCUUUAGAAUUAACCUUGUCUUUAAUCUUUAGGACUAUUAAAUGUUGCUGGUUAGUGAUAUAUCCCCUAAAGGUCUUGCUAUUGAGAGUCAUGUUAGUGCAAUUAAACUGCUUUUGUUUCCAAACUGUCAGUUUAGACCUGACUUUAAAUAUCAUGCAAGGAUUGAUCUAUUGAAAGGGAGCUAACUUUAGUUCAGAUUGGGUUUUGCAUCCAGCUGUAAGCUGGAGAAUGCAAAAUCCAAACCAUUCUGGGAGGUUCAGAGCGGUUUAACAGUUUACUGUAGAAGUAUUUUUAAAUAAUAACUUCAAUUUACAUUGCUAAAUACUUUUGAGGAGUUUUAAUUGGGUGUUCUUUGUCUGUGGGCUUUAGUUAUUGAGGACUAUCCUUAGCAACUGAUGCAGAAGGAAAGUGAGAUCCCACAGGAGUUGAAGACUUUUUGUUCUCAGAACUAAAAGAAGAGAACAAAGUUGUAGGGCAUAGAGGUUUUUCACAAAUACAUCCCUAUACUUUUGCUGUUAGUUUUGAAAGAAAUUCCCCUCUUCAAAUAAAAUUGAUACUUCCUUUGCAAUCUUACUGAAAUGACAGGAAUACUUAAGAAAUAUGCUGGAAUAGUAAUUUUUUCUGUAAUUGUAGUUUUUGCUACCAUUAGGAGCGUUUCCCCAGUUUGUAGCAUUUACUGGAAUAUGUCUAUCUGAUUGUAUUUCAUGCAAUUUGUAUUCCUAAUUUUACCUAUGUGAUACUUUUUUAAUGUUGAGGGGUUUUAAUGUUGCAACUUAAUAGCCUUCUUAGUAUGUUUUUUCAAAGAUUGAGUCCUGGAGACAGCUAUUAAACCUAAAGAAAUUUCUUUUCAUUAGGAUUCCUAUUUAAAAACAGGACUCUAUAGUUUACUGCAUGCUAUAUGUUUUAUAGCUAUGUUUACUAUAGUUGUUAUCUAGUUUAAUGCAUUUGUGUAGAUUUGUGUGAAGUAAGAGAGUUUAUAUUUUUUUAGACUCUUGAGUGAGCACUAUCACUCAGUUCCUAGAGUUUUGAGUAGUUUAGGCUGGAAGACAUUUUUGGAAUCAUCUAGUAUGAUGCCCAGCUCGGAGUAGGGAUCAGCUCUGAAUUUAGACUUUGGUGCUCAAGAGCACAUACAAAUCUUGGAUUUUGAAAGAUCAGUAUUUUUCAUGUAAAAUUACUUACUGCUGUUGCAUAUGAACUGUGUGGGGAUAUUGUAACUUUUGUAUCUUACAUAGAGCUCUUAAUUGAGGAACAAACCAAAGAGGGAAGGGUGACAAGAAGGGUGGAUGGAAGAGAAAUCUUUUAUUAUUUUAACUUCUUCCUGCCACAUAACUUCCAGUGCACUUGUCAUUGGAGUGAAAGAGUGGACUAUUCUGAGGAAAAAAAAACAAAUAAUGCAUAAUCAUAAAAGUGUCCCCCAGAUUCUAGUUCUAAGUAACUGCUAGUUCUGCUAACUAGAAGCUUUAAUAACUUGUAUGAUUUAUGUCAUUAAAAUAUAGAUGUCUUUCAGUAAGUUACAAUUUAAGUAAGGUUUAAGGGCCUUAUGCCUCAUUAAGAGGUCUUUGGAAAUAAUUUUUCUUUCUAGAAGGAACUUAAUAAAAUAAACCACACUAGAACGGAGAAUAAAUUCUAGUAAGAAGUACAGAAAUGUCAUACCUGUUUUCACAAAUAUAUAGUCUGUUAGAGAAUAAAGUUCAGUUUUCAUGUUAAUGAAAAAAAGUGAGAAUCAGCAGCACUGUUAACUACAUUUUACUCUACAUACACAACCUAGAUAAAGUGCUAAUAAAACUUAAUUUUCAAGUUUAUGGGGAAAGUGUUCUUUUCUUGCUAAGGCAUUUUUUGGAUGCCAUGUCUUAGCAUUUUGGUGGUUACUAUACUAUAAAAGGUAAGUAAAUAUCUGCAUGUUCUUCUGGCCACAAACCAUUGAAAACUGUAUGGUCUGCCAUCAUAAUGAUUCUGAGAUAUCUUGCUUUUUUGCUGUUCUAAAAUUUUCCAUGCCAUAUUUUGUUCAUACCAUAAUUUUUGACAGUUUUGUUACCAUGAAUAUUGCAUCACUUGGAGACAAGAAAAAUUUUCACUGGGUUGCUGCAAUUGCAAGGGCUAUUUUUAAGGAAAAAAGUAGCACUGGUUUGUCAGUUUAAAAAGUCACAUUUAUGACUAUUUGUAUUUUACUUGCAGUGUGACCUGUAUCAAUUCUUAGGUGUUUUUCAAACUAUUUAGUUUCAUGGUUUUGUAGAACAUUAAAAAAUAGUGUUAUAUAUUUAACAAAUUCAGAGGAAUCAUCUUGGCUGUUCUCUGUAUAUUUAGACUGCUGUAUCAGUGGUGAUAAGAGGUGUAAGAACAUAGCACAUGAUACACCUCAAAUACUUUGGAAAACUGCUUUCAAGUACUUGGUAAAAAUGGGAGAAUCUAUACUAUGUUAAAUGUUAAGUACAUAGUUUGAAAACUUGAGUGUAUUCAUUAUUUUGGUGUAGAUCUACUUUUUACAUUUGACAUUAAAAUUAGUUGGCAUUGUGAGAAAUACAAUUUUUAAUGUAAUGUAAUUAGUAUAAUCCUAUAGUUGCCAUCAUAGCAGUUUUUCUAAAAGAUUACUCAGAUGCAUUAGACCUUUUUGAAGGUUGUCUGCUUUAGUGAGUUCUGAAGUAUUUUACAAGAAUCCUGGCAACAAAUAAUUUGGAAAAGUUUGAGUUGUGUAAACACUGCUUUUUCAAUCAGACAUUUUUUGUUUGCUGACUUUGUCUUUUUGAUAAUGUUUUUUUCUGAUUUUCACGAAGUUUAACGUAUGCUUUUCUGCAUAUUCUUUGUCUUAUGGCUUUCUUUUUCCCCCUGUAAUAGCAUAUCAUCUAUUUUUCUUUUUCUCUUCCUGUUAAGAUUUUUUUCCCAGGUAUGGGUGACUUCAGAGGUUCCUAAUCAUGCUACAUAUUUCUCUCUUAAGAGUUUUGCCCUGUUCUCGUGCUGCUCAGUUUUAAUUCCCUGUUGUGGGUAGUUAUGGGUGGCUUUGGGGAAGGGACUGAAGCAGGCUGUUACUGAACAGAAGAAUGGGAAAGUCAUAUAGUGAGGAAAAGAAGCUUUGAGAAGGUAACACUAUUGUUGUCAAGCUCUGCAAAAGGCUUGAGUAUCUGAAAAUGAAAUUCUCAGGUGGGCUGGAAUUACCAACCAGGAGUGGUUCAGCUAUUGUGUCUAACUGCCUGUUGGUAUUCCUUUCUGUUAUGUGUUGGGCAAAACCCAUGGACUUGUUGAUCUAGCUUACCUGUAGUAACAUGUGUUUGCUCACAUAGUAAAGAGCUGUCUAGGAUCUGAUUUGUGUGUGACAGGACUGAAUUUUUGUUACCACACAGGUCACCUCCAGACAGAAUUUUUGAACAUCUAAUGACAUAAAUGAUAUAUACUGCAGGUUAAUGUUUGAAAUUGAGUAUUUUUUCUGACAGGAAGUGUAAACUUGCUAAUUCUGUGUUAUGAGUAUGAAAGAAUUUUCCUGUGCUGAAAAGUCAAAGGAACAUGAUAUAUUUUGUACAUGCAUCAGUAGGAAUAAUUAUAAGCUGCAGCAGCAUCUUAAUUUUGCAGACAUGUUGCUAAAGUAAUAGCCAGCAGAGACCUUAAGGCACAUUUAUGGGUCUUGAUUUUAUACCUGAAAUGUUUAUGUUGUAGUAAUUCAACACUGAAGUUAAAGCUAAAAAAUGGCAAAUAAUUACUUCAUGUUUUUUCUUACAAAUGUUAAACUAGACUAAACAAAAGUAGGUUCUACCCAUCUUUGUACUUCAGUUAACUGAAGACUGGUAUCAUUUCAAGACAGGGAAAAAUGGUUGAUUGCUAGGAAGAAGACUAGUGUGUUUUUUAAAGAAAGGCUACAUCAGAGCUUGCAUAUGCUUCUGUCCUUUACAAAGAAAACAAGUUAAGUUCUAGUAACUAGUGCAGCCUUACAACUCUGUACUUAGCAUCCUUAUCUAACCAGUAUAGUACUUAGCCUUGCCUUAUGGCAUUUGUCACAUUAAAAAAACCAAUACCAACCAACUUGCAGUUGAACCUGAGAUGAAUCAAAGAAGGUUUGUGCCUACUGUAAAGUCUGGUGCUUUGCUUUGCAAUGAAAAAGUUUCUCACAACUGUUCCUGGCAUGUCCGCUUGUCACACAAAGUAUAUAGGCAUGCACCUAUGCACAGAAUCUGUCUAGUGUAAACUGAUAGCCACAGUGUUUCCAUAUCCUUUUGGGUUAGGGACUUAGAGUAGGGAUCAUAUACCACUUUCCCUUCUGCUUCCUGAUGUCAAGACUGAGGUGUACAAGUAGUCUGAUAAUCAAUAUGGUUGUAUGCUGAUUUGUGACUAACUCAUGUCAAGUUUAUGGGUAUGGUUGAUCCCUGUGGGGCUGCUGAUUUUACUUGACAUGUCAAUUGAUGCUGCUGUGAAAGGCCUGUCAGAGUAGCUGCAUGUUCUCUAAAAAAUUUUUAAUGUGGGUUCUAGGUCAGAGGAAGAGAUCUUCCUUAGUGUUCCAUCAAUGGCCUUUUUAGCUGGACUUUAAAGCCUGCCUGUGUCUUUUAGUUACCAGACCUUAUUUUUCUGCUCCACAUUAAGGCAUAUUUUUUUUGAAAACAGUGUGUACUCUUCUUAUGUUAAGUAGUUUUUCUAGGUUAAUAUGAGUUAUUACAAACAAAGUUGUUGACUUGAGAGCUCUUAAUCAUAUAUCUCAGGGCAAUUUCCUAUAAUAAGAUAUUUAGGUAAAACUGUUGGUUCUGUUCUGUCAAAUAGUGGUGUCUGCUGCUUCAAGUGGCUGAAGAUAGAAGACUCAUGUUUGGCAUCCCAAAUAUGAUUGACCAAACCAGACUUCUGUGAACCUGUACAAAUGUGAUGAAUGUAUUUUGAUUUAUUAUUGUUUCCAUGUAAAAGUUGCUUAUAGACUGAUUUAGUUGCCUAGUAUGUGGAUUUCUUUUCAAAGUGCAUCUGAACUUAGGCCCUUAAAUCAUAAAUGGAAUGGCUUUUCACUACGAGGUAAAUUGUUUCAAUUUUCUUAUUUUUAGCACAUGUGUGUUUGUUUUCUCAAGAGCAGAAUACUUGUUAAUAUUCCUGAAGAAAAUUAAGGAGAAUUUUAAAAAAUAAAUGUCUUUAGGUUUUGUUUUGAAUUGUGAAUAUGUUUCUAUUUAAUUUUUUUUAUGUAAACAGUAAUCCAAAAAUCCCUUGGAAUUGUCUCUGAUAGAGUAUUUUGUUUUCCUCUAAGUGAUGAUUUUUUUGCCUCUUCGGGUAACCUUUGAGUAUUGUUUCACAGCAGGCUGGGAAUCUUGUUCAGUUCUGUAAGAAAUCUUUUGCUGUUGGGUGACUGACCAUCAGUUGAAUCUGGAUCAGUUUGGUGUGUUGUCUGUUUAGUUUAAAUGCAUGUUACAGUUUCUGGUGACACUAUAGUUUUAUGCUGGUUUUAAAAGGAUGGUCAGUAUCUGAACUAACAUCAAUAGCAAAGUAUAAUUCAUUAAAAAAAUAUACCUCCUCCAAGUUAAGUUAAAACUAUUUGAACAAUGAUGAAUUGGUAGGUUGAAUUUAUAUACUGUAAUAUAAUACAUCAGAGCUUUGUUUUCAAUCAACACAAGUAAUUUUGAGUCAUGAAAUCAGGUUGAGUAUUAUUGAACCACUUGGCCUUUAGGCAAGUAUUGUAAUAAGAUCUGUUUGUUUACAGGUAAAAUAGAAACGUAUUUAUUAAUUUAAAACACUCCAUAAAGAUUAAUUCAUUUGUGGUUGAUCACAUAACUAUUUGAGAGCUUUAGACUGCUCAUAAAUGAAACGUGGGAUAUUUAAUCUUUAUUAUGCAAAAAUGUACAGCAUUGUUACAUUGAACUUAUUCAUCCCUUUGAUGUUAUAAAAACCAGGAGUGUAAUUAAUGUCUUUCCUUGCACUGUUUUUAAUCAAUGGAAACUUUUGACACUUUAACAUUUUUAUUUUCAUGGAGUAAAUAGGAAUGUUUUAAGUUCUAAGAAUGAUAGGUUGACCAUGAAAACUAUGUUUACUUUCAGAGAGAACAGGAAAUGAGAAUGGGUGAUAUGGGUCCUCGUGGAGCAAUAAACAUGGGAGGUAGGGAUCUGAAGGAAAAAGGCUUCUCUAAUGUAAAUUUUUUUUCUUUGGGACUGUACAUAUUACUCAAGCACUAUUAAAUAGUGACAACUGGUAAAAAAGGAGUAAGCAAUAUUAGGAAAUAAAAAAACCCCAACAUAUAUUUUGCUUUCAAGCAGCCUCUUUCCACCCCCCCCUCCCCCAGCCCUGUAUCUUUAUUUUACUCCUUUAACUACAUGACAAAAAAAAAAAAAAAAAAAAAAAAAAAAAAAAAAAAAAAAAAGUGCAAGUUAAGAGAAACAAAAAUCAGGGACAAGUGAUGCUCUGGGAGUUAUCUGCUACCAAAGAAGAAUUUUAUGUUAAAAAAAUAUUUGGUAUUAUUUUGGAGGGACUACCUAUUUGAAGAAAUUAUGAUUGUAAUUGCAUGUAAAUGAUGUAGAGGUCAAAACUGGCAACUUCUUCAUAUACUUGGUGUGGUAAAUGAAUAAUGUGCUUGGUGUUCCACCAGUUUCCUCCAAGUCUCUUAUUUGCAAAUAUUCUCUGUUAGCUUUUGCAACUUAAAAUACUGUCACUGCUAAAAUCUAUUACUGUGUAAUCUACUACUAAAAACUAGUACUGUGUAAUAGAAAAGUAUAAUAAUUAGUGCUUGCUCCAUGUAUGCAAACUGGAACAGUUUGGAAUUUACUUACCCAGAAUAUCUGCUUUUAAACAAGACUGAAACUUGAAAUAUUUCUUCAAAACCACCAAAUCUAACUAAACUGUGUGAACUGUUAAUCUAUUGGAAGCUUCUUAAUGGUAAUUUAAAACAAAUUAAGGUGGUAAUUAAAAGAAAAGUAAUAAAACUAUUUUCCCAUAUAUUUUAAAAUUGAAAGUGCAUACAAAACUCAGUAAUUUCACUUGACCUUUUGAGUAAUGUGAAUUUAUAGAGUAAGAAAUCUGCUUCAGAUUUUGAAACACGUUAUUCACAAUUUCCUUGCAUUUAUUGAGACACAUUUGUAGCUGAAAAAAUAGCAAUAGGCUUGUGCUUUCAGGGAUGAUGAAAGUUAUUUACAAAUAAUUCUGAAGAAGGACACCGUGAAAUUAUCUAUAGAUAUUAAGCUGAAGCAUAAAUUGAGGCUUAGUUUCCUUAUUUUAUAGUUGUACUUCUGCAUAUGAUUGCAUCAUACUUGAAAAUUACAUUUAAUUAGAAGACCUAGUAAAUAUUGAUGCUGUGUCAGUUGUCCAGAUCCACAAAAUACACUUUCUACAUGGAGAUUUAAAAUGUUUAUUUACUGCAGUUCUUAGUAGUGAUGUUACCGGUCUUGCUAAGUUUUAUAUUACAACUUGAUUUUAAACUUAAUACUUUUAGAAUAAAUUGUGUCAUCCAAAAAAAAAAA